GUUGGUGGGGGCAACUCUUCUCUACUGCCCAGAACUUGGUUGGGUGGGGGUAAAGCAACACUCAAAGAUCGUGGUGACGUAGUUCUGGCAGGAACGCGACGCGUUUUUGUCCCCGCCGGAAGAAGAAAAGACCGUUUUAUUACGAUCCGUUUUACUACGACUGCCUGCUUGCCUGCCUGCCUGCCUGCCUGCCUGCCUGACUGCCCUUCCUCGCGUUCUUCGCGGUGGCCGCCGGUGUCUUUGGGUGAGGAAGGGAGAGAGAGGGAGAGAAGAGGAACGAGUCCGUCCUCGACUAACAAGGGUGGGGAUACAAGAAGAGAGAGAGAGAGAGAGAGAGGGGCUAGUGACUUUGACGAGACCGGAAGUCAAAGUUCUUCCGGAGCGUUCUCCUCCGAAUCGCGAGAAUCGAAUCCCUCUCGCGAUACCGGAAGAUGCUUCGUCGUCGUCGUUGUCUACCGAACGGGGACAGAUAAACCGAAAGAGAGGGGAUUCUCUUCUCGUCAUGAAGGUUUCGUCCUUAUCCGUUUCUCUCGACUUGGUCUUUCCGUCCUUUCUACUUCUUUUCGCACGCGAACUCAGAGAAAAGAACGUCAUCGUACUAACGUCAAUCAUCAUCAUCAUCAUCAUCAUCAUCAUCAUCAUUAUCAUCGAGUUUCGGUCUAAUUUUGUUUCACCUCCCAUGGGAGGAAGGAAUCAUAAAAUAAUCAUUAACGUAUCAAGAAAAGUAGAGUGAUUUGAUAUUAUCUCGCGUUAGAUCGGUAAGAGGACUGUAGUAAGGUGAAAGGUGGUCGAAUUUUCUUUCGUAAGGGGAGUUUUUGGUGCACCAAGGAAGAUUUUGAACUUAAGAAAAAUUAUAAAGGAAGGAAGGAGUUUGUAAAAGAGGGGCAGAGGGGACGGAGAUGCGCCCCGUUCUCCUUGCUAUCUACCUCCUCCUCGUCACCCCGAUUACCGGAUCGUUUUGAUACCAGGGAGACUGGCUUCGUGAACGCCAUCACCGCCGCUGGAGUUACUUAUGCGGUUACCAGGGCCUGUACCAUGGGUGACCUUGUGGAAUGUUCAUGCGAUAAGAUGACGACGAAGGGUAAUAAUCGAUUGGGCAAACUCGCGCUUACAGCUGACGUUAAGAAAAAUCUUUUGACAGAGGGUGAAUGGGAAUGGGGUGGUUGUGGUGACAACGUCAAUUUUGGUUUUCGUAAGUCUAAGGAUUUCAUGGAUGCGCCUUACAGAAAACGCAGUGACAUCAAAACGUUGGUUAAACUUCACAACAAUGCUGCUGGACGUUUGGCGGUGAGGAAUUUCAUGACGAUCGAGUGCAAGUGCCAUGGGCUGUCGGGCUCGUGCAGCGUGCGCACCUGUUGGCGAAAGAUGCCGUCCUUUCGCGAGGUCGGCAAUCGUCUGAAGGAGUCGUUCGAUGGUGCAGCCAAGGUGAUACCCAGCAACGACGGUCACAGCUUCAUCACCGAGGGUCCGACCAUCAAGCCACCCGGUAGAUUCGAUCUGAUUUAUAGCGAGGACUCACCGGAUUUCUGCAAACCCAAUCGUAAGACGGGAUCUCUCGGUACUGUCGGUAGACGAUGCAAUUCUUCCAGUCCUGGCGUUGAAGGUUGCGAACUUUUAUGUUGCGGCAGAGGAUACGAUACAAGGAUAGUCAAGGAAAAGGUCAAUUGUCAAUGUAGGUUCAGAUAUUGUUGCGAGGUUACUUGUGAAACUUGUCUCGUCAAAACUACCGUCAAUACUUGUCGUUAAAUGAUAUUAUUCUCCUCCUCCUCCAC